GAAGGCAUGUGAGAGGUCAACGUGUCAUGUUACUGUUGCUAGAAGGUGUGAAAGUUAUAUGUAGCCAUACCUCUCGCCGAACUCCACGGCGGAGAUUGUCCCGGCCCACAUUCCUAUUCCGACAACAAAAUGGUUUUUGAGCAGUAUUGUAUUGAUAAUGCGUUGUGCUCGGGCUACGUGUAGCUUCUGUGUUAAGCCAUUUAACUUCCUGACAAGUACCAUGAAGUUUAGUCAAAUCUUGAAGAUGAGUACCGCCACUUUCGUAGAAAUCCUUUUGGCUAUCCUCUUGCCUCCUCUCGGUGUCUUUCUCAAAUUUGGUUGCAAGGUUGAGUUUUGGAUAUGUUUGAUCUUGACGCUGUUUGGUUAUCUUCCCGGGAUCCUUUACGCUCUUUAUAUCAUCACCAAGGACUGA